UCUCUCUCUCUCUCUCUCUCUCUCUCUCUCUCUCUCUCUCUCUCUCUGUGUGUGGUUUUAAAGUUUCCCAAAUUAGAUACUAAGAAUGGGAAAAAAGAAACCCAAGGACCUUGGAGCGACCCCAAACAACGACGCAUUUUCAGCACAAUCAGAUAUUUUCAAAACUCUAUUCGGCGACGUGAAUGAAAAAAGCGCCGCCUUUUCUAUCUUCUCCGACGACAAUCCGUUUAGAAGAAAACCACCCCAAGAGCGAAAUGAAGAUGGCGGUUCUGACAAACCUGAUAUUAUUGAGGAGCCCCAGAAAAGGAAGAGAAGCAACGAGAACGAACCCGGUCGAAGUUCGGAUUCAGACGGUGGUGAAGGUUUUGAAUCUCCAUCGGAGGCUAAGAGAUCGAAGAAAGAGAAAUUGCAGAACCCUAAGAAAUUAGGAGGUAAAAAUCCCAACUUUGGUUCUGAAUCGAAUGGUUUAGGUGGAGAUGAUGAGGUUGUGACAAGGAAAGUGAAAGAGAAGAAGAAGAGGAAGAGGGAUGAGCUGGAGGUGGAAUACGAGGCAAGGAAGAAUGGCAACUUAGAGGAUAGGGAGGAUGGAGAAAAGGGUUUUGGUGGAGAAGUUGUUGGGAACAAGAGAAAGGCUGUGGAUAAUCCGGCUGAUAUGUUGGUUUCGAAGGAAGUUUUCGACGAUGAAAGUAAGCUUUUGAGGACUGUGUUUGUCGGCAAUUUUCCAUUGAAGAUCAAGAAGAAGGCAUUGAUGAAGGAAUUUAGUAAAUUUGGGGAGGUUGAGUCUGUGAGGAUUCGUUCCGUAACAAUCUUGGAUACCAAAAAACCAAGAAAGGGAGCAGUACUUGCAAAGAAACUUAAUGAUGCUGCUGACAGGUGAAAUUUCUAGUUGACCGUGGUACGGUAGCGAAGUACAUGAUGUCCCGAGUUUGUAGACUAGUAGCACAUCCGAAUCGGAGUUACCGUUUAAAAUUUAUGAGCAAAAUAAGUCGAGAUCCAAACUUUCCAAAGGUGCCGGGAGU